AUGAAGGUCUCAAUCUCCCUCCUCCCUGGCAUCAUCGCCGGUGUCUUUGCCGCUAGCCGAACAAGUCCACCAUCAGGAUGUGUCCAUGUUGCCAAAUCUGGUGGCUCAUAUACCACAUUGCAGGCAGCGGUGAACUCGCUCUCGACAACUGCCUCUGGAACCCAGUGCAUCUUUGUCAAUCAAGGCACGUAUACCGAGCAGGUAUACAUUCCAUCCCGUCAAGCGCAGUUGACCAUCUACGGAUACACGACAGACACAACAUCGUACUCAUCGAACAAGGCGAUUAUUACAUACAACAAUAAUGCCGGCAGCGCAGGAAAUAACGAUGCAAGUGCGACGGUCCGUGUGCAUGCAGCGAACACUAAAAUAUACAACCUCAAUGUCGUGAACUCUUAUGGUAAGGGAAGCCAGGCUCUUGCGCUCAGUGCCCAGGCAUCAUCUGGCUACUACGGAUGUCAAUUCUACGGCUUCCAGGAUACCGUGUUGGCCAACGAGGGAUUGGAAAUUUUCAACCGUUGCCUCAUCACCGGAGCCACAGACUUCAUCUUCGGACAGCGAGCGCAGGCAUGGUUCGAGUCAUGCGACAUCAGGGUCCGAAACGGGGGCUACUACAUCACAGCAAACGGACGCGACUCGAGCUCCAACCCUUCAUACUACGUGAUUAACGGCGGCACCGUGGCGGCAGCAUCAGGCGAAUCCGUCUCCAGCGGCAGCUACUAUCUGGGCCGACCCUGGCGCGACUAUGCUCGCGUGGUUUUCCAGAAUGUUAACCUUUCCAAUGUCAUUAAUUCUGCCGGAUGGAAGAAAUGGAGCGAUAGCCAGUCCACUUCGAACAUUUACUACGCGGAGUAUGGAAACUCGGGUUCUGGUGCGAGCGGGACGCGUGUGAGCUGGUCGAAGAAGCUCAGUUCGGCAGUGAGUAUGUCCACUGUGCUUGGAAGCAGCUACUCAAGCGGACUAUGGUAUGACGGCUCUUAUCCAAACUGA